CCUCCUUCAAAAUGCAGCUUGACUGUGAUUCACGGCACAAAGCUGGAAUAACCCUGCCAGUUCUUAGAAGCUUUAAGAUUCAUCGUCUUGAACUUGAUGUACAUAGUAUAGCACCUUAAAAACAAAUCAUCUGCUAGUUCAGUAUUUUCUACUUACAAUCACUCCCUCCCAGGGCAUGUAAUUAAUUUACUGAGCUUAAAAAAAAAAAAAAAUCGGGAUUACUCACACAGUCUUGAAGAUGCAAUGUCAGCUAUUUAGGACAGAAACGUCCAAGGCCGUGUCAGAACUCAAUUACGACUACAUAUGCAUUAAGGCAGGAACUGGCAGGCCUCUGGGUACGCCAACUAUAGGACUCGUGCUUCUCGUACGCCGGGCUAUAAUCUAUGAAACUGAGCUCCAGAGCCAGCCAAUCACUCAGCUCCUCAUAACAAGUCUAACUGGCUCUGGAAAGCUGAAAGGGCUGCACUGGAACAACACAGAUGAGAUAUUCUACACAUUAAUCUACUUAUCUGGAAUCCCUUUGCCUCUAAAGGCCAGAGAAAAAUCACAGCUUCCUUGUCGGAGGGGAAAAGGACAGGUGAUCUGGGGAAAACGCAGCUACACCUGGAGCAAGGUCUAUUCCCGGCUUGGCAAUCCCAGCUGUGCCGGUGCUACAGGACCCGAGCCGUCCCAGAAACCAAAGGGCAGGCACGGCAGCAAACGCCUGAGUGCUGCUGCCUUCGGUGACUAUGUGAGAAUGGAAACUUCUAAGGAAGCCAGGUUGUUAGAAUUGUUACCCCCUUUACUCAGAGAUAACAUAGAUUAUCCAGGCUGAGAUGGAAAACAAGCCCUUCAUUGAAUUUUCAACACAGACUCCCUGCUUCUCAUCUCCUUAAUAAAAUUUCAUUAAAAUCCCCUUGAACUCCCAUGUUCAAAUCUCCAUUUGUUGACAGACAAGGCCAAUAAUACUCUAAACUGAGGCAUGCAAGUCAUUUCAUUUGUAUUCUUGUCCAGAAAUUUCCCAUAGGAAGACUUCACCUCCUACAACUCUGAAGAAAACUCUGACUGUCUGAGACAAUCUCCAGCAACCAUCCACAGUCAUUUGAGUGAAAGCUUUCACAGCUUUUGUACAUUCUCUGUGUCAACAUACAUACAACUGACAUACAACUGAGUUACAGACUGGCUCCCUGACCCUUACAAACACUAAAAGUUUUGUUUGACUCAACUUCAAGCUGCUCAUCUGUUAGUAAGCGAUGUUCACUCCAGAACAUAUUCAUGAUGAGAACUUUCUAAAAGACCAGCACUGCCUUCCCCUCCUAUAAUCAUAAUAAUCAUGGUAACUUGAAACAUGUUACUGGGACUCGACAUUUUUCUGGGGAUUGAAAUAUUUAGUCCUUGGAGCUGUCACAUAGCAGGGGCAACCUCACACUGAAACAAAGGAAGUGAUGUCCCAUUAUUAUCCACCCUGAGCCACCACAAUAUGCUGUUUACACUUAUUUUCUUCAGCCUAUGCAAAACAAAGCAAUGGAAAAGGAAACUAAAAAAUAUGCAUACUAGUACCAUUAUCUUCUUUUGCCUAAAAUUACUAAUGCACUAUGUCAGUCUGCUUCCUUCAGGCAUCAUUCUCAAUUCCUCAGGACUUGUAUUAGCAGGUUCUGGCUAGAGAGACUAUCUCCUGUCAUCACGAUCAAUUAAUGUUUUCUGGUGAUCACAUCAGGCCCUAUCUAAGAAGCUCAUGGUACACAAGGGUCACCCAAAUAGCUGAGUGCAGUCCUUGCUCAUAUUUCCUUCAUCUCAACCCCGCAAACAA